AGCUUCAAACGACACAGAAUAGCAAUUAGCAAAGGAUGAGGACACAGCAACUUUGGAAGCAGUCGAUGUGGGACAAAACAUGGUGGUGGAAGCGGCAUUUGUUCUCCACCACAGCCAAAAGCAAUGAAAAUGGUGUCCAUUUGCUUCCUCAAAUGCCAAACUUCACUCACACUCCAUACCCAUACACAGGACCUUCAGCCUCUGAUCUCUUGAAGAGGAGAAAACAAUAUCUCCCAUCAUCUGCUGGCCCCUUAUACACCCACCCAUUAAAUCUGGUGGAGGGUAAAAUGCAAUAUGUUUUUGAUGAAAAUGGUCGAAGAUACCUUGAUGCUUUUGGUGGCAUUGCCACAGUUUCAUGUGGGCAUUGCCACCCUGAUGUGGUUGAAGCAACCGUUAAGCAAAUUAGGCUCCUGCAGCAUACCACUGUCCUCUAUUUGAACCAUGCUGUUGUUGAUUUUGCUGAGGCUCCUGCUAAGAAGUUUCCCGGGGAACUCAAGGUUUUCUUUUCUUUCUCUUUCUUUCCUGUUUUCUCCACAAAUUCUGGCACUGAAGCCAAUGAACUGGCUAUGAUGAUUGCCCGGCUGUACACUGGCUACCAUGAUAUAAUUUCCAUAAGAAAUGGCUACCAUGGCAAUGCAACCUCAACAAUGAGUGCCACUGCUCAAUUUUUUCACAAGUUUAAUGUUGUACAGACUGGAGUUCACCAUGUCCUUAAUCCCGACCCCUAUAGAGGUGUCUUCGGUUCAGAUGGAGUGAAAUAUGCAAAUGAUGUCCAAGAUGUAAUUGAUUAUGGAACUUGUGGUCAUGUAGCUGGGUUCAUUGCUGAGCCUAUUCAGGGAGUGGGUGGAGUUAUAGAAUUGGCUCCAGGUUACUUGCCUGCAGUUUAUAACAUCAUUAAAAAAGCUGGAGGUCUCUUUAUAGCUGAUGAGGUUCAGGCAGGGUUUGGUCGAACUGGCACUCACUUCUGGGGCUUUGAGGCUCAUGGAAUUACCCCUGAUAUUGUAACAUUGGCAAAGGGAAUUGGUAAUGGUGCACCAAUUGGUGCAGUGGUUACAACUCCUGAGAUUGCAAAGGUCUUGACUUACCGUUACUAUUUUAGCACAUUUGGAGGAAACCUUGUUAGUACUGCUGCUGGAUUAGCUGUGUUGAACGUAAUUGAGAAGGAAAAACUUCAGCAAAAUGCAUUUGUUGUUGGAUCAUAUUUAAAAGGGCGUCUUAGUUUGCUAAAGGAAAAGCAUGAGUUAAUUGGUGAUGUGAGGGGAAGAGGACUAUUGCUUGGAGUUGAACUUGUGAAAGAUCGUCAUUUGAAAACUCCUGCAAAAGAUGAAAUGCUGCAGAUUUUUGAACACAUGAAAGAUAUGGGAGUGUUGAUUGGGAAAGGUGGCUUUCAUGGAAAUGUUUUAAGGAUCACACCUCCACUUUGCUUUACUAAGGAAGAUGCAGAUUUUCUUGUGGACGUAAUGGACUACACAAUGUCAAAGAUGUGAAGCCUAUUCAGUAAUCUUGGAUGAAUAAUAUCUUCUAACUCUGAUUCCAUCCAUGCUUAUAGAUUUUAUGUUGAACUUGGAA